AUGUCUCAAUCACUUGUUGUAUUUGAGCCAUCAGGUAAAAUUAAUUACCUGUACAAUAAUAAAAUUAGUGGCUUUAACGAACAUAUUGCAAGUAUCGUCAAUGAGACGUACAAUGAAUUAGAAACAAAUUUUUUCACCACAAGCUCUAAUCAAAAAAGAUUCUACAGUUAUAAGAGAGAUGGAAGAUAUGCAUCGCUAUAUUUUGACAUUGUUACCACUUUGGAUAGUGAAAAGAUCAAACAGACGUUGAUAGGGAUCUUAAAAACGUAUACUAAGAUCACCGAAGAACACGACGAAGACGAUGAAGAAACAGAAGAAAAAGUCAAGAAGUUAAUAGAUUUUCAGUUUAACCAGUUGAUGAAAUACAAACAGACUGAAAAACCUGUGGUAAAGGGCAUUGAAACACCAUUAUCUACCGUAUCUAGUAAUAAUAGUGGUACGAGCACCCCAAAUAAGCAGAAAACGGGAGCCAGCGCCAAAAAGAUGAGAAAAUGGGAUGGAGAUCAGAUGGUUGAAAGUAGCGGAAACUCCGAGGGCUUAGACUUUUCUAAUAAGAAUGAGUCCAGUAGUGACUAUACUAGGAUUGAUAAUGACCAGCUUAAAGUUGACCCUACGGCAUUUAGCAAAAAUAAUGAUUUGGUUCUAGUACAGGAAUUGAAUGAUAUUUUGGGUGAAGACGAUGAUGAAGAGGAAGAAGAAUCCACCAACACUAAAUCAGGGGGGUUUUUUGGAAAGGUUACUUCUUACUUUGGUUCAUCGAUUAAUAUAGAUGAAGUUUCAAAGAAAUUCUAUGAUCAGUUAAUAACAAAAAAUAUUGCUCCGCCGACUGCUAAAACAAUACUUGACAAGAUCAAAAACAAGCUUGCUAACAAGCAGGGAGUUACAAUUGCCAUGUACAAGCAAACUAUGGUUGAAGAAUUGACCAAGAUUUUGACACCUAAUGUCUCUACAGACUUAUUGUAUGAGAUCAAGGACCGUUCUGAAUCAAAAAAACCAUACGUUAUAUCAGUUGUUGGUGUCAAUGGUGUUGGGAAGUCUACCAAUUUGGCCAAGUUAGCGUACUGGUUCUUGCAAAAUAAUUUGAAUGUUUUGAUCUGUGCCUGUGAUACGUUUAGGUCUGGAGCUGUCGAACAAUUGAAAGUUCAUGUCAAUAAUCUACAAAAAUUGAAUAAUUCCUCAUCAUCCGAGUCCAAAAUCGAUAUUUUUGAAAAGGGUUACGGUGGUGGUGACCAUGUUGUUGCAACUGCUAGGCUGGCAAUUCAGCACGCAUCUAACGAACACUAUGAUAUAGUAUUAAUAGAUACGGCUGGUAGGACCCACUCCAAUGCUAAGUUAAUGACUCCAUUAAAAAAAUUCGGUAAUGCAGCUAACCCAGAUAAAAUUAUCAUGGUGGGUGAAGCUUUGGUUGGUACUGACUCAGUUGAGCAAGCAAUAAAUUUCAAUAAUGCAUUCGGUAACAGGCGUAACUUAGACUUCUUCAUUAUAUCAAAGGUUGAUACCGUUGGUGAUUUGGUAGGAACUAUGAUUAAUAUGGUUAUGGCUACAAAGGUACCAAUCUUGUUUGUAGGUACUGGUCAAACUUAUACUGACAUUAAGAGGUUAAGUGUUAAAACCGUAGUAGAUAUGUUGAUGAAUUAA